CCACUGAGGUGGCAACGCAAUAGUCCAGCCAAUAGAAAUUUCGGUGGAUCAUACCAAAUUCUGCGUCAACCACCUUCGAAUGUCUCCCCUCUCCACUCACGAAUGUUCUCUGACCCCGAUGUUUUUUACCAAGAUGGUCCAUGCGAUACAUUCUGCUGUUGGCAGGAACGGCGACAACCCAUUGUGGAUGGUUAUAAUUGGUAUGAUGGUGCCGCCUAUGACGAGGAAUAUGAACCCGAGUGGUAUCAGCCGAUGUCUUAUGAUAGGCAGGAAAAGAGACCAUAUCAAUUACCCUCUAAUCACCUCCAACUUCCUAUGGGAGAUUAUGGAUGCUGGUCGGAUACGGGGAUGCCCCCAGCCACACGAACCUUGGACUCAGCAAAAAGGUGGUCAAGUUGGGACAGACACGGAGAGGUUGCCGAUCACUUUUACGAUAAUUUGAACUACAUCAACGACAAUCGUUACUACACAGAUGAUCAAUCUACUGAUGAAUGGCCAUUGGAUAGUUCUUGUACUCUUCAAGGUCCUGCCGGUCACUUCUAUCCACCCUCAAAGCAAAAUAAUAGUCACCAUCUUUACUACUCUAUGAUGUCAACGGAUUAUCAAACAACCGAUUCAGAAACUAAUCGAUAUCUGCCAGAUCGUGCAUUCACUAUAUACAAUCGUAGAAUGAUGCGUAAUGAUACAGUGAUCGCUGGCAACCGCGAGCAAGUGGAUCAAUUCAGGAGAUACCCAUUGCAAGACGGUCCCGUCGGUCGAAUGAAGGCUACAGCUCGCCUCCCUCCUUCACAAACCUCUGGACCGGCGGAUCCCCCAACCAUCAACGCAGCAGUUCACGUAAUGGUGGAAGGGGUCACACACAGAAUCGAACCCUAUCUGGCAGCGCCUUCUCGACCUACUUUUCAGGAUCAAGUUGGACAGUGGUGCUCCUGCAAUUCUGACUACGAGGUUGAUACAAAAAUAAUUAGCUUUGACCACAGUCGACGGUUCAGUCCAAUUGGAGCUAGUUUCCACCUUGAUGCGUCAAGUCCCAGUGCUGAGAAACCAUCGCUUGCCUUAAGUCGUUCAAGUUCUCCCUGUGUGCGUCGGAAAAGUGAGGACGCGUAUGAUAUGAAUGUUUUAAAUGGCCAGUUGAGUUCCGAGAACCUCCGGGCAACCGCGGAGGCUGCUGUAGCAGAUCAGCUUCCACCGGGGGCUCAUCCCGUAGAUCUCCGAAAUGCUACCACAACAUCACCUCCUGCUGACAUUCCCUCCCAUCUACUUCAAGACCUUCUAGACAGUCCUGAACCUUCACUAACUCCCCCACCGCACCCAUCUCUUGAAGGAGGUAGUCCACGAACUUCACCGACAUCUUUCUCCAUCUCGACUCCUUCAGCUGUGAAUAAGCAAUCGUCGUUAUCCCAUCAGCAUCACCUCCAAGUGCCAAUUGAUGGAACCCGUUUGAUUCCUCUCUCACCUACUGUAAUUCUUCGACAAGUGGAGACAGAAAAACGGCCGCCAGAUGUGGUAAGAGAAACGAUGGAGAAUAAGAAGUCACCAGAGCCUAAAUCGGAGAAGAAUGAGGCAUUAAAUGCUCAAUACUUGGCCAAGCCUGAGGUUGCGGUUGACUAUCAGCAGAUGGUAACCACGAGGUCUUCAGAGGCUCAUACCAUUGAAGGUAUAUGCUUCUUUUAUGAGUCUUUGACAUUACUUGACAGUUAG